AUGUUUCGCACACCUCCAAUCAUCUACGAUGCUCUCAUCGUCGGCGGUGGCCCGGCCGGCCUGUCGACGGCGCUGACUCUGGCUCGAGUUUGUCGAACUUCGAUCGUCUUCGACUCUCGCGAGUAUCGCAAUGAGGGUGCCAAGGAGAUGCACACAUUUAUUUCUCGUGACGGAAUACCUCCACAGUCAUUCCGGAAUAUCUCACGAGGACAGAUCAAAGAUAAAUACUCGAACCAAGUGUCGUUCGUGGAGGGUACCAAGAUUGUGUCGGUCUCGAACGACGAGAUUCUCCCUGGCUACAAAGGUUUUCGGGCCGUCGAUAGCGCAAAUAAUACCUAUUUUGGCCGCAAAUUAGUUCUAGCCACAGGUAUCGAGGAUAUUCUACCCACGGAUAUUGAGGGAUACAAAGAGAACUGGCCUCAGCAUAUGCAAUGUCCUUUCUGUGACGGGUACGAGCAAAAAGAUUUUCCCAUCGGCUUGCUCACGUUCCCAGAUCCGUCCUAUGCCCACUUCGCCUUGAUGGUCCGGCCAUUCAACAAAGACUUUACAAUCUACAGCAAUGGGCCAGUGCCAACAGAUGAGCCCACUCAAAUGGCGCUGAAGAAGGUUUUGGCCACCGGUAUCAAACUCGACCAGCGCAAGGUUCGUCGUCUCAUCAACAACGGCUGGGGUCCCGAAAACGGGAUCUCAAUUGAAUUUGAGACUGGUCCUCGCGUGAAGCUGGGAAUGUUGCUGCAUCGACCUCCAAUGCAACCUCGUGGCCGGGACUUGAUUGAGCAGUUGGGACUGGAAACUAAUCCUAAGGGCGACAUAGUGGCUGAUUCAAUGAUGCUGCGUACCAGUGUGCCUGGAUGCUUUGCUGCCGGCGAUACACAGGAAUCAAUUAAGCAGGCACUCAUGGCAGGGAGCAAUGGACUUCGUGUUGGAGCUUCAAUUGCAUUUCAACUUGCUAGCGAAGAGGGAGAUCGAGCACUGGCGAUGCUUGAGGGAAACGAUAUCAACAUGAGCCUAUAG